AUGCUUGACGAGGCAUCUGAGGACGAAGAUAAGAUUGCAGGUUUUAAGAUGAGACCACUAAGGCCGUUCGUUCGAGUGAACUAUAGAGGAGCAUCAGCUCAGACUGUCACAGCUAUCGGCUGCCACCCGUCCUGGAGUCAUACCCUCAAGAUUAACACUAAACUAGACCCACUCUCCUCCCUCCACGUAAACAUUUACGACGAGUACAAAGCGAACAUAGUAGAAGGGUUUCCAGAGGAGGACCACUCCAACAAGACCGUCCACUACCGGUACUACAACAAGUGGCUUGGCACUCUCGAGAUACCGAUGUAUGCCGUCUUGACUUUGGGCACUCUUCGGGGCACAUUCAAGAUCACGAGCCCGCCACUCUUGUUUGGUUACGAAACCCUCCAAACGAAGGAGUCAACAUCGCUAAUCCCAGAAAUAACACAGCUCUUGAAGAAAGACACCGCAUACAUUACGUUAGAAAUAACAAGUAGCCUCUCACAUUUGGGAGGAUUGCACGCUUACAACCAGCCGCUGCCAAGCUCAAUAGAAGACGAUUAUUUGAUCAAACAUUUGAACAAUUUUGUAACAGAAUACACAAACGAAUUUCCGAUGCGGAAUAUUUCUUUGACUUUUAUAGAUAGCAUGGGUAGGAAUAAAUGCGUCACCCAGUUUCUGCAGCCGAUACCUUUACCCGAGAGGGACUUCAUCCCGAAGAAUCCAAGAGGAGACUCUGCUAUCUCGAAGUCUUCUGGAUUUUCAAAAGUUCGUCCUCAAGUGGAAGACGGAAAGAGUUGGAUUUAGAUAGAGUAAGUCAAGAGAGAGGGAGUCAGUGUACAGCGCUCGUGAGGGUGACAGUCUCGCGAGGAUGAUGAACGCGUGCAUGCGAUACGUGUCACUGAUACCCAGCUACGAGGUCACGGAGUCUCAUGCCGUUACGCUGCUGGGGCUUGAACUGCUAAAAGUACUUCACGGCUCGCCAUUGGACCACACCAUCCUUUUAGCCAGCUACUUCAUAUACUUGGGCAUCAAGUGCUGGGUGGCCAUUGGCCUAGGCCUACCUCGAGGUCACAGUCGCUUCGUUCUCAUCAAGUAUGACUUGACUACAAGGAGGAUAGUCCUGGAAAACGACCAGCUGUUCAGGAGUAGAGGUUUUCUGAAUAAGUCUGAUGGGUAUACGUGGUAUGUAUGUGAUGCCAGUAGCGGGGAGCGGUACGAGCUGAGAGAUGUCGGCUGUCCUCUGAAGACUGUUGAUUAUGUGUUUGAUAAUGAAAAUAUAUGGGUGAAUGUACAAUCGUCCCAAGAUUGUGAGAAUAUGUCGUUUGAUUUCACCAAAUCGUCUGACUGGCAAGCUGUUUUCGACAAAAAUGUGUUCGUGAUGAAGCAGCCGGUAGUGACAGACAGUGCGCUGUACUCUACCCCACCUAAUGUGGAGGGGUUAAGGAGUGCGCUGGAGACGAAGAUCAAGAGUAAAGUCCAAAAGUGGAGGUCUCAUAUGAAGACUAUUUGGAACAGGUACUGCAGCACGUUGUUACGUGACAUGCUACUUCAGUGGGAGUACUGGGUGUUCAACCCCACAGGACCCAAGCCCAGUUUCAGCCAGAAGCUCAAACAUUUAAUGGUUACAUUUAAGAUAUUCGGGUUUCCUCUAAACUUGGCGUAUGUUAACACAAAGUCUGUAAUAUCUGCCAUCAAGAGCACAGGGUUGCACCUGAGUGAUGACCCUAACGUGGAGUUCGCGCUCGGCGUGGAGGUGUGCGCCUACCCUAACAAUGUGAUCAGUGUCUGGGUGUUCCUAGCUAGCAUCACCAGAAUGUAA